GUAACAAUCGCCUGGCGGUCAUGGAGCACGCGACCAAGAUCGCGGGCCCGUCCAUCGACGUACAUGGCGUCACGGACCCGGGCAACCCGGCCAAGGAGAACCAAGACACGUUCUUCACUCUGCGCCACCGAGACCACGUGGUCCUCGCGGUCUUUGACGGCCACGGCUCGGCCUGCGGACUCCUCGCGUCCUCGACAGCGCGCGACUAUUUCCGCGAAAAGCUCAGCCUCCACGAGACGUACACCGAGCUCGAGGCACAGCCCGAGCGCACGCUGCGCCGUCUCUUCCACGACUGCCACCUCGCCAUCAAGGCGGCGCUGCGGCAGCGCUACGAAGACGCCAACAACAAUGUGCAGGAGCGCAAAGGCGGUUUCCUCGUCAUCAAACCGACGCUUUUACAGCGGUCCGUGCUCGUCCAAGGCGGUACGACCGCGUCGAUCGUCAUCAUUCUCCACGGGACGAGGCUGCUCUGCGCCAACGUCGGCGACUCGGCCGUGCUUCUCGCGUCCGGGUCGGCUGUCGUCCCCGACACGUCGUGGAAGGCGCUCUCACCGAUGCUGCGAGUGCACUGCGCCCACGGCCCACGCUGUUCGCAACCCCCAGAUAUGAACGUCGAGCCGAUCAAACCGCCACUGCUCCUGUUGCUGACGGGCGAACACUCGCCGGAAGCCAAGUUCGAGUUUGAAAAUGUGGCCAGGCAGCGCCACGCUCCGCACGCGCCGCUUACGCCCGAGCUUCUCUUCUUGUACGACAGCAUCGUGCCAGGCGUCUCGUCGAGCGGGAAGCGGCUCACGCUGCGCCAGAAGCACGCGCUGCUGGAGCGCCACCCGGUGUUUUGUGUCCGAAAGAAUAGCGAGAUUGAGAGCGCCGGCGAAGGCAGCUACUACAAGAACGUGCGGCAGGAGUGGGCGUCGCUGUGUUGCACGCCGGGCAGUGCCAAGUACCACGAGUCGCUCGCGUUUACGCGGUCGCUCGGCGACUUUUACAUGCACCACUACGGCAUCACGCACGAGCCCGACAUCUUUGACGUCGCGCUCGAUCGGCUCGACCACGGCGACCACCCGCCGACGUUUUCGCUGCUAGUGGCGAGCGACGGCAUCUGGGACAGCUGGCACUACGGCGAAGCCGCGGCGUUCGUGGUCGAUGCCCUCGCCACCGGCAACGCCGAGGCGGCCGCCACGUCGCUCCUCGCUCGCAACAAGCAAAUCGCUAAAGAUGUCUUUGGGUCUCAGGUCGACAACAUGACGGUGAUCGUCGCGUCGAUCCGGUACCACGCCGAGAACCAGUAGGCUCGUAAACAACUACUGCCAACACAACACACACACAUUGUAUUUUGCGC